GCUAACAGUGCAGAGCCCGAACGUGAAUGCCCAGUGAAUGCCCAGUCGUAUCCGUGUCCGUAUCCUUCUACUCCUGAUCCUGAUCUUGAUCCGCGAUAACAGAUAUUUGAGAGCCGGACGGACCAACAUUGAUUAUGAUUGCCAUCGGCUUUUGCUAGAAGGUCCUUAACUCUCAAGUGCGAUUGUGAGUGUGUUCCGAAACUCUCUGUGCGCGUGUGUGUGAGCUUUUUUUUCCGUGUCCCCUCAUUGCCCCGUACCCGGGAGAGCAACAGCCACAAAGUGGCGGAGAAACGCAAGAGCCAGUCUCCGUCGCCCGCCGCCCACCAGCGGCGCAAAUCGAACGGAUCACCUACCCCCACAUCCCAGCAGCAUCCGCCAGAGGGCCGACCGCCCGCCGCCCUAGAGAUGACCAGCUCGGGAGCCCUGGAGCGGACGCCCUCGAAGCGAAACCGCGACCGGGAGAGGGAUCGCGAGCGGGAGCUGAGCAGCGGCAACAGCAGCGGCUUGGGGAGCGCCGGAAGCUUGCCUGCCUCGCCCCAAAGCGCCAUCACCGUUAGUCCUGCCUCGCCGACGACCCCCACAACGCCCAAGCGACCGUUGCGCACCUCCACCCCCUCGCUAGAUCGCGAGGGAGAGCGGGCCAGGGAGCGUGAACGAGAGCGUGAACGAGAUCGAGAAGAUCGUGAGAGGGAGAGGGAGCGAGAACGCGAACAGGACCGGGAGCGCUCCUCCAAGGUCUUCAGCACCGCCAGCACCACUGUGCCCACGACGACGACGCCCUGCGGCACCGGACUGGCCGCCAGCGAGCAUCUGCGCAUCCCCACAGGAGCAGCCGCCUUCAGUGGCUUCCCCGGCCUCCACGGCAUGAGCAGCCUGAUGGUGCCCUCGUCGGCGGCAGUGGCUGCUGCAGCUGCUGCCCCCUUUUUACCCUGGUCGCCCAUCCUGCUGCCGCCCUGGAGUCACGCCCUGCUCCCAGCUGCCUUCUAUCCGGCGGCCCUGCGCAACGCAUUGCCCGGUUUGUUUGAUGCCAAGGUGCCAUCGUCGCAGCGCUCCGGCUUCCACAUAUCGGACAUCCUCAACUUGGACGGAUCCGAUCUGAAGAAUGCCGCCGCCGCAGCUGCCGCCGCUGCUGCUGCCCAGCACAGCAGCGAACUGAGCCACGCAGCGGAAGCUAGCAAUGGCCAUGGACCAGCAACGCUCUCGCCGACGCCCACCAGUGCGGCGGCGCUGGAGGAGCACGGUGCUGGUGCCGGACAUGGCGACCACCACACUACAGAGCACAACCCACAGCAGCCGCACCUCCCGCCGCAGCAUCCGCAUCACCUCCAGCCGCAUCCGCAGCACCACCAGCAACAGCAUCCGCAUCCGCAUCCACCACACCACCAUCAGACGGUAGUCCCUCCCGUGCCCCUGUCGCACCACCAGGGCAGUACUGCUGCCGGCGGUGCAGGCGGGGGACCCGCCCAUGCCCACGCCGCCGCCCACCUGCUGGCCAGUCACAAUGCGGCGGCCGCCGCCGCAGUUGCUGCCGGGCAGUAUCUUCCCAAGAAUUUCGCUGGCACCUUCGGGGACGAGAUGUCCUCCUACCACCACAUGGCCCAAACCAUGCUCCAACAUUCGGGACGCAGUGCGUGGAUCAAAGAAAACGAAUUAUACGGCACCCAGCAGCCGGCCAGUCCUGAUAGCACCUCGCCGGUUACAUCGGAGGUGUCCUACACCUACAUCGGUUCCAAUUGCCAAACCUCGCCCGCCCUCUCCGGCGACUACAAGAGCUACAGUCGGUCGGCAGACAGUGAUGCCCUGUCGGUGGGCGAUGCCCUGCACACCAUCCAUGGCGGCGCUCCUUCUGGAGGACCCUCUGCGGCACAUGCCCUUCACAACAACAAUAACAAUAGCACCAGCAACAACAACAACCACAGCCUGAAGCACGACCCCAUCAAUGGGGGUGGAGGUGGAGGAGCGAGCAGCGGGCAUGAUGACAGCCUCAACGAGGAUGGCAUCGAGGAGGACAUCGACGAUGUGGACGAUGCGGAUGGCAGCGGUGGAGGCGGCAGUGGCGGCCUCAAUAGCGACGGUCUGCCCAACAAGAAGCGGAAGCGCCGAGUACUCUUCACCAAGGCACAGACGUACGAACUGGAGCGACGAUUCCGACAGCAGCGCUACCUUAGCGCCCCGGAGCGCGAGCACCUGGCCAGCCUCAUCCGUCUGACGCCGACGCAGGUGAAGAUCUGGUUCCAGAAUCAUCGCUACAAGACGAAGCGUGCCCAGAACGAAAAGGGAUAUGAGCACCCGGGCCUGCUCCAUGGCCACGCCACCCACCCGCACCAUCCGUCGGCCUUGCCCUCGCCAAGGCGCGUCGCCGUGCCCGUGCUAGUGCGCAAUGGAAAGCCGUGCCUAGGUGAUGGCUCCAAAAUGGCGCCCGACUGCGUCUCGGUAAGCUCAGCCACGGCCACGGCCAUGCAGAAUGCGGCUGCCGCCCACCACCUGGUGGCGUUGAAUGGGGCCGCCUAUCAGCAUGCGGCUGCCGCUGCCGCCGCAGGACUCCAUGCUCAUGCCCAUGCCCACGCACAGGCCCAUGCCCACGUCCAUCCACAUGCGCACGCGCAGCGCGCCGCCUGGUGGCCCUAAUACUGCUAGAUAGGGAUACGGCGUGGUAUCGGGGGGCAUGGACACUCGAAUAGUCGACAAGAAAGCGGCAGCGGUAGCGCUGGAGUUUGAGCUGGAGCUGGAGCUGGGAAUUCGAACAAAACUUUGGUGCAAUAAUGGAACAUGACAUUUUCACAGCCGGCUCGCCAGGCCCCCAAAAUAUGCGAUAAAGCAACAGGGAACCGAAUGGGAAUGGGAAAGAGAAUGAAAAGGAGAAACAGCCAAAAACUAAAUAUGUGGACAAGGUAGAGCAUAGUCAAAGUAGAAGCCUCUGUCUAUCCUGUACAUAAGUCAGACAAAGGAAGAAAAUAUAAAAAACAAAACAAAAAAAACUAAGAAAUAGCUAGACGAGUUCUUAAAGCGGAUAUCAUAAGUGUAAAAUAUAAUAAGUCCCCAAAGCCCCGUAUAGCUUAAAAGCUCUAGGGCCCCCACUUAGUCAUAGAUUUUCUAAACCUCUACCUAUAACCAUUCCCAACCAAUAUUUACAUAAUUAAAUAACCAUAUAAAUACAUUUUUUUUUUGCACUAAAGUUGAUAAUACUUAUAAAACUAGAAGUAGAAAACCUUUUUUUUUUGUUUGCCUAAGUCUUUAGAAUAAUAAUAAAUCCAAUCCCCAAUGGAAACCCUGUAAAUAUACUAAAUGAAUAACCUAUAAACUGAGUAGGAGGUCUAAUAAAUAUAUGUAUAUCCCAGAUCGCAAUGCAAAUAAAUCAUAUGUCUGUACUAUAUAAUACCUAAAGCAUAAUUAGUGUUCAAUUUUUUUGUAGCAAGAAUUUAAAGAUAUGUAUGCAUAUGUACAUUUAUAUAUUAUAUAUAGGCACUUAGUCGUAACCGAUAUUUUUUUCAUAUGCGUGUGAGUGUAUAGCGAGUAAUGGAAAAACUCUUUGAAUUUAUAGCGAGUAAUGAGUUCAUAAAUGUUAGCAAGAACCCAGACAAAGACAGAUUGGAAAAAACGAACACAUCUAUACGAACACGGACGGACACGGAGACCGGGACAAGUAAAAUGUAUUCGACACAGGAGCAAAGCGAAGCAACCAAAAAAGCUGCAACAUACAUUUUACAGAUAUAAUAAAACCAUUUACA